UUAGCUUCAUCUUCUAAUUUUCUGAGCUUCUCCACUAAAUAUCAGAAAGCAAAUUUUUGUACUAUCCCUCUGUGAAGCACCAAGUCAUCGAAAUUUUGAUCAUAAUUAUUGAAAAUCCCCUCCAUUUUGCCAAAUCCUGAGAUAAGUAGCCGCAUAGGGUUGUAUAGGACGAUAUAUCUCUUUUUAGGAUAUAAUAAAACUUAUGGCAAAUUGCUUAUCCAGAACUUUCCGGAAAAUAUUUCGGAUUUUAACUAAUUAUUAACAUUUUCAAACAAAGAUGCUUAAUCUACCAAUAGCCCCAAUGAGGAGAAAACUACGCAAGAGAGACCUGAAAAGGCAUUAUUACAAAGACCGCGAAACCCAAUAUAAUAGAAACAAGCAAAGCCAUGCCGAUUACAUCAGCUCAGUAAUUAGUGAAGAUAAAUGGACACAGCAAGAACAUCAGCUUUUCAUUGAUGGCAUCAUGAAGUAUGGCAAAGACUGGGAGAAAAUAGAGAGAUCCUUACAGACCCGUACAGCUUCUGAUAUCAAGACUUAUGCUGACAAAUAUCUCGAGAGGAUUAAGAGAGAAUACAAUACAAAAUAAUCCUCUAGAGUAUGUCUCUCUUGAUCCGAAUUUACACAAAAACAAUAUAUUCUUGGAGCCAUCAAUAAGCCAGAAGAAGUCCCAAAUGAUCACUAAGAGCACUAAUAAUCGGUCCUUCUCUCAGGCUCAGCCGCAAGAUUUUGAAAUGAGCAAACUAGGACAAGGAGAUACAAAUAAUGUAGAAAGACCUGAAGGUAAACAUGGGAGAUCAGAUCCAACUACGAUGAUUAUUAAGAAGCUAAAUAUCAAUGAAAAUUCUAUAAACAGGACUUCAGAAGAGAGAAAUGAUGAGGAUAUCAGCUUUGUCAAGAACUAUCUCAAGAGUAAAAGUGAAGUCACACCGGAAACGUCCACUAAUACAGGAACUAGCUUUAUCUGCCUUGAUAAAGGCCAGCUUACUAUUAAGCAACACCAGAUCGAAACAACUGUUCAAUGACGAAUUGAGACCAUCCAGCUUGAUAAUGGAAAAACUACAACGAUGAUUAUCCCAAGCAAGCCGGUGAAGCUAAGAAUAGAACCAAUUACCCUUGAUACUGCAAUGGUAUUGGAUGAUAAGAGUAAAGCACUGGUACCAAAGACAGAUACAUCUCCAGAAGAUCCUAAAUAACUGCUCAGAGUGUUCUUCGAGCGGAAAUACUCUCUACCAACAAGUCAUGGGCAUCAUAGAGAAAAGGUACUGACUACGAGACAUUUAUGAUAACUGAGGGAUGAGUGCAGAAUGACCUAUGAGCUCCUUUAAUAGCAAUGAAAGAGGGCAGAACAUUGAGCGGAAUGGCAGCUUCCAGUCAUCCUCCUCAAACCAAGUAGACCAGGUGCAAAAUGAUCAAGACAGUGACAACAACUCUCAACCUGUUGAGCAUAAUGAUAAUAAUAACGAUUGGUUUGGGAAUGUAAUAUUAAAAUCAAAAAGAUCGUAAGCAUAGCAGAGGAAUAUCAACUAUAUAUUCAUCCAAGUAUAUUCCUAAUGGACCCUAAC